AUGACCGGCAACCGCUUCACAAACCUACAAACCUUCCCACUCCCCUUCCUCACCAACCCAUCCCACCCACCCGCAAUCCUCGCCUCCAUCGAAUACCGCCUCGCACCCACCCACCCCGACCCAGCUCCAGUAGAAGACACCCACGCCGGGCUUCUCUGGCUCUAUACGCACGCCCCCACCCUCGGUAUCGACCGGGACAGAAUAACCGUCACGGGGGUCUUCGCAGGCGGAUGUCUCGCAGCGGGACUAACGACGGAGCUCGAGGGGAUAGGGGUCUGGGAUCGGAAUGAUAAUGAGAGGGCGUGGAGGGCGUUACUUGGGGAGGAGAGGAGUGGGAGUCGAGUGAAGGGGGUGGUGAGUGAGUAUUCGGCUCCUGGGAGGGCGGAGUGGCUGGGGGUCAAGGAGGGGAUGCCUAAGGGGGUUUAUUUGGAUGUGGGGAGUACGGAUACGUUGAGGGAUGAGGGGGUGGAGUUUGCGAGGAGGUUGUUGGAGGAUGGGGUGUAG